AUGGGUGGCGGCGAUCUUAACCUCAAGAAGUCUUUCCAUCCAACGUUACGGCGAAAUCAGCAAGCCGUCUACGAGGAAGAACAAAAGGCCCUCGCCGAGCGCAAGCGCACCCAACAACGCAUCAAUGAAAUCAAAGAAGAGCGCGCCAAGGAGGAGCUGCAGCGGCAGCUCGAGGAUGCCGGCGGCAAGAAGAGAGUAGACCGGGUCGACUGGAUGUACCAAGGCCCUACCGAUGGUCAAGUUGGUACCAGCGAAGAGACCGAAGCGUAUCUCCUGGGCAAGAGGAGAAUCGACAACCUUAUCAAGGGAACAGAGCACAAGAAGCUGGAAAAGAGCGCGGGUGAGGAGAGUUUUAUGGCACUUCAGAAUGCGAACAGCGCAAGAGAUACAGCGUCCAAAAUUCGAGAUGAUCCUCUACUCGCCAUCAAGCGCCAGGAGCAAGCGGCUUACGAAGCCAUGAUGAACGACCCCAUCAGAAGACGGCAGCUACUGGCCUCCAUGGGAAUGGAGGAUGAAAAAAACAAGGAAAGGUCGCGGGACAAGGAGCACAGGCAUCGACGGAAACACCGACGACACCGAAGCAGGAGCAGGGACGCCGAGGAUGAUGAGAGGCGACAUAAGCGGCGGCACAGAUCGUAUUCACGGUCUCGGAGUCCCAGACGCCAGCGCGAUGAUGGUGACGAUGAAGAGCGAAGACGAAGACAUGGACGACGAAGAGAUUCUGGCGUAGAUCGAAGCCCACGGCGGGCACGAGAUGAUUCAGCGGGGAGAGAGAGAAGAUAUGAGAGCAGCCACAAAAGAAGUUCUUAUCAAGACAGCGAUGGCCGACGAAGGCAUGACAGUCCAAACUCGGGUGAUGGUGGACUACGGCGUCGCAGCCCGUCUCCAGACCGACAUGACAGGAGGCGCAGCGAUCAUUAUGCCCGGCGCGACGGCCAUGACAACAGACACCGAGAUGACAACAGAGAUGACAAUUGGAGGGGGUCACGGAAUGGAACCGGUCCCCAUCAUAGCGGCAAUGGACACGGGCACGGCAAUGGCCGAGCAAGACACCAGGCCCGUGGCAAGGACGAAGAUGGGGAGACAGAAAAAGCUCGCAAACUAGCGGCCAUGCAGUCGGCAGCAUCCGACAUGGACCUAGACCGCGAAAAGCGCCUUGCUGCUCUGGAACAAGAGGAACGGGCGGCACAGAAAGCGGACGAGAGAGCGAGAGAGCGAGGGGGUGAACGCGGCUUUGUCAAUGGGCUACACAAGCAGGCGGGCAAGCUUGGCUUGGGCGAGAGAAUGGGACGGAAUCGACAAGGAUACCAGCGGGAUGAUGAUUAG